AUGUCUGAGCACGUCCUCCUUGUCCAUGGAGAUCUUUUGACAAAGGAACGGUUAGAUGCGAUUGUCAAAUCACGACGCAUCGAGGACACACCAAAACGCCGCUUUCAACACGUAGUAUUCGUUCCUGGUCUCUUCCAUUUCAAAAUGGCGUGUGCUGAUGCGCUGUGGCGGACGUGGAUACAACCACAAGCUGGUCGAACGUGGAUACAACCACAAGCUGGUCGAACAGAUGUCAAUAGCCUAUGGCAGCAUGUUGGGAUCUUGAGGCCACGCGAAACCGGGAAAUUCGCGUCGAAACCGGGCUUUCGAAGGAUGCAUGACGUGAUCCAUCACGAUCUCUGGGCGUCGAUACUCGACUGUUGGCUGGUUGAGGCUCAAACAAGAAACAGUACAUGGGACUCACUCGAAGUGUUUGCAAAAUAUCCACCAACAUGGGAGCUAAUUGUUGAGAUGUCAGAGUGUAUUGUCAACAAGUACGUUACCAAUACAACGAUACUCAUGCACCUGCGCCAACAACCCACACAAGAGCGCGACCAGCGAUUUGAAAACCAGGUGCUCCGUAACCGCGACGAACUACUCUACGUUGACCUCUGUCAUGCGUUGAACAGCGGGGACAUCGGACGAGUCGAGGCCUCUUUCUUAUCGUGGAUCUACAUAUUCAAGGCAACAAAAAAGCAUAAAUAUGCUUAUCAUACAGCGCGCUUUAUGGUACAAAUGCGAUACGUUUAUCCCGAGGACCUACAACGAAUAAUCCGGCUGAAUUGGCUUUGCAACCCCACAGGAAAGGCGUUCAAAUUUCGACCUGUGGACUGGCUUGUGGAGCGGAACAAUCUGUAUACAAAGGUCAUUUUUGCGGGGACAGGAUCAAAUCACACGCUUCAACACAUCAUCAACGAGUCCCCUCUGAUUGAGCUUUAUCGGGAGUGCCACGUCAUGAUUGAGAACGGAUUCCAUCUGAAAAACCGCACCAUGAAGCAUGCGCCGCCAGAUAUGACGAAGACACUACAAAAACUGCGUGAUGAAAUACAAAGCCACUCACCACAUAAAUUCGUUGCUGGAAGACGUGCUGAUUAUCGAGUGGAGGAUGAGAUUGUUGAAGGGAUGACCAUGUUGAUGCGGGACAAGGAAGCGUUAAUGGAUUGUGAUGGAGAGGUGGAUGUAAUGGGGCCUGAGGACGUCAUUGAUUAUUGA